AUCAACAAUGAUAGUACUUAGAACAUUCUUGUUGAUCAGCUCUCGGGAGCAGAAAAUAGAGGAGGGGUAUCCGUGCCCUUGCUCACUUUAGAAAAAGCAACAAACUAAGAAGUAUGAAAAAACAUUUCAGAAAGUCGACGAAGGCAGAUAACAUGUUUUUCUUAUACAUAGAGCUAUAGACUUGAAAUAGGUACUACAUCACUUGAAGCAAACUCAAACUACUACUACUACACAACUACUUGGUACAACAAGACUAAUAAUUGGAAUAGAACGCCUAACCGUAAAUUACGACACUGUAGAGAAUUUCAAUAGGACAAGAGGAAUAUUGUAUUUUGUGCCAAAACUUAAUAAAGAUAAACUUAAUAAAACUAAAAGGUAAAGGUUGAUCACGUUAAAAAUGUAAUCGAAUUCAUCACAUUCAUACAAAUACAAACAUAAGAAUGCCAUCUAAAACUAAAUCAAAACCUAUCAUCAAAAAAUAAUGAAUGUAGUUCUCGAAUUUGCACCUCUCACGGACACGGAUGGCAUCGUACUAAUAUAGUUGGGAGAUUGAUUGGAAAAAAUCGAAAAAUCAUUACAACCAAGGCCAUUAUCGCAUGCUCAAACGUGGUCCUGGUCCAGGGCAGAUUAAAUCUUUCUACUUCAGGCUUCAGAAGAGGGGUCUAUUCUGUAUCUAUUUGAAUACGAGUAGCGUUGCUGCCAACGAAGAAACGGUGAAUCUGCGCAGACUAGUUUAUUUGAAAAAGUGUACACGUACGUUGGACAAACAAAGGCAAUCAACGGAAGGUCGAUGGACACCCACUCAUAUACUAGUUCAGGGGCAGGAAGUUAUCGUCCUCUUGUCAUGUGUGCAUUCUCAGCUGUAUGGAAGC